AGAAACCCAGAAUCUCUACUAUAUAUUCUUCACCAUUGCCCUCUCCUCCACACCUCUCUCUCUCAAACACACAACAAUGAGGAAGCCUUGUUGUGAUAAGCGAGACACCAACAAGGGAGCAUGGUCGAAGCAGGAGGACGAGAAGCUGAUUGACUACAUCCGCAACCACGGAGAAGGUUCUUGGAGAUCGCUCCCCAAGGCUGCAGGACUACUUCGGUGCGCUAAGAGUUGUAGGCUUCGAUGGAUUAACUACCUACAGCCUAAUAUUAAGAGAGGGAACUUUGCAGAAGAUGAAGAGGACCUCAUCGUUAAGCUCCAUGCUCUUCUUGGCAACCGGUGGUCAUUGAUAGCUGGAAGGCUGCCUGGACGAACAGAUAAUGAGAUAAAGAAUUAUUGGAACUCUCAUCUGAGGAGGAAGCUCAUAAAUAUGGGGAUUGAUCCCAACAACCACCACGUCAGCCAGAGCCUCUCUCUCCACCGGCCUCAAAUCUCAGGGAGUGCAACGUUAUCCGGUGGGCCUGUGAACCAUGAACGUAAGAAAUGGCAGCAGUACUUGAUCUCGAUGACGGACAAUGAUCGGGUGUCUGAUACUGGGAGCUGCCUACCAUCGAAAAAAGGUGCUGCGAGCUGCCUGGAGGAUAAUGCCUACGUGUUGCCCGACUUGAACCUUGAUCUUACCAUGUCCAUUCCUUCUCCAUCUACCACAUUUGCGGAGUGGAAGCAAGAGUCUGCAGAGUUGGAGGCACCAUCAGAGCUUGGGAAUGCAACCAACCAGACGCUUCUCCUCUUUAGAUAACCUGAUCAUAAUGCUUAAUUAAUAUGUUGGAUUAGUGAGGAAUGAAAGGGUAUUGAAGUAGGUAAGGGGGGAGAGGAUAUCCUUUAUUGUUCUGAAGCCUAGCUAGCAUGGAAGAGAGAGUGGUGUUUUUCUAAAGCUAGUCUUGUGCUUGUAUUAAGAUUUAGGAAGUCUAAGAGAGGGAAACGAAAUGGAUAUGGCAGUGCAGACAGUUUGUUUCCAUGAUACAAUUAUAAAUUUUUGGCAUAUCA